AUUGGUCAGCCAAAGGACUUCCUGCGAGGGAUGGCUCUCUACCUGUCCCACGUGAGACAGACGUCUCCAGAGAGACUGGCCGAGGGAGACUCCUUUGUUGGAAAUGUCCUCGUGGAUCCAUCAGCUAAGAUUGGUCAGGGCUGCAGGAUCGGUCCCAGUGUCGUCAUUGGACCCAACGUCAUCAUUGAAGAUGGUGUUUGUCUAUCAUCAUCCACUGUCCUGAGGGGUGCACGUAUUUGCUCUCAUGCCUGGGUCCAGUCCAGUAUAAUAGGGUGGCAAUCAAUUGUGGGGAAGUGGGUGAGGAUGGAGAGUGUGUCAGUACUGGGAGAAGAUGUCAUCAUUCAGGAUGAACUGUAUGUCAAUGGAGCUCGCAUCUUGCCUCACAAGAACAUCACUGUCUCCAGCCCUGACCCUCAAAUUAUCAUGUAGAUUAUAUUUUUUCAACAUAAUAUAGUACAAAUUCAAUGAUUGAUGUUAAUUACCCAUGCUAUGCAUCACUGUGUAUAGCACUA